UCGAGCGCGCUAAUGGCUGGAAUCCGUUGGAAAUUUUAUUCAAACAAUUUAGCCUUUUAUCAAGUUAUUUGGUAGCGAUUCGGUAAGAUUAAACCAUUUCUAGUAAAAACUACAACUCAUAGUAAAGCUUUGUGGUUAAAUCAUGGAAAAAGAUACUACCAGGAUACUUGCUAGCCACAAAUCUUUGGAUGAACUACGUCUGUUGAACUCACGCCACGAAAAACUAUUCAAGGACUUCGGCAUCGAGUUUGGAAACCUGAGCGAUGCCGCCCAGGAAUGUCUUGACGAUUUCGCCAAGAUCCAGGUCCUCACCGGAUUAGCCGAAAUGGGCAUGUCCUUUGUGGAUGACUUUUGCUAUCAGGAGGAAGCCAAACGGUUGGAAGCUCGUCUGCAGGCUAUUUCGCUGAAGGCCUCGAUCGAUCGGCUCAAACGGGACCUCAAGCAGGAAGAAACCGAUCUGGCCCGGCUGGAGCGCUUCGUAACGGAAACACAGGCUCAGUUGAUACCGGCCGAUGAGAUGGAGAAGAUGAGGAAUACACGCGAGCGCCAGAUCGAGAUGCUUCGAAGCAAACAGAAAACGUUGAUGGAGAAAGCGGAUGCAGUCAAUUUGGACGAUUUAAUAGCGAAAGUGAAUCAGCUGCAAGCUGAAGAAAAUGCAUGAGUGCGAAUUCACAUUUUAGCGAGUCAUUGACAAAAUGUGAUGUGAAUCCCAGUUGUAAGUCUGUUGAGGUUCAUUAAUCUAGUUGUAAGAAUGUUAUAAUAGAAAGAAGAACUCCAUACGAUUGCUUUAGUCUAAUUACAGCGAGUUUUUUUUUAAUGAGUAGUAGAGAAAAGUAAAGCGAAAAUAUAAAAAUGGA